CACAGAAGGAGGUUGCUCCACACUCCGCUGAGAACAUCGCUCACACUGCACAUCUCUUCAUGUUUACAUUAGCCUUAUAGUCAGACAGAUUCAUUCUUCAUCUUCAGCCAGUGUUUAAAACCGAAACGCUGCAGCGUCGUUGCACGUGAACAGCGGGAGUGUCGCAUCUCCUGCGCAGACCCGCACCGCGCGGUCACGCCACCGGACACUUGUCUGUUUCGAGCCCACUCUGGUUUACAGUCAAAACAUGCGUCGGAGCUUCAUCCACGACAACUGAGGACGGAGCACGGGUGACGAUAACCUAAUCAACGAUUUUGCACGAUACCGUUUUGUGGACGUCGUCACGCGCUGAGACGUAAUGUCAAGAAGCUCGAUAGAAAGUCAGAGCAGGGGCGGCUCCGUCCUAGACGUGAGGAUGGCAUCUUCAAACACUUCGUCCGAAGGAGGUUCUCCGCCCCACCCGAACCGGAUCCGUCAGUCGGACAGUAACACCAGCUUCCUGAGAGCAGCCCGGGCAGGUAAUGUCGACAAGGUUCUGGAGUUUCUUAAGGGCGGACAGGAUAUUUCCACCUGCAACCAGAAUGGACUCAAUGCUCUCCAUCUAGCAGCCAAAGAAGGCCAUGUGGAGCUCGUAGAGGAACUUCUGGACAGGGGUUCGGUCGUGGAUUCUUCAACCAAGAAAGGAAACACUGCUUUGCACAUCGCUUGUCUGGCUGGGCAAAAGGAAGUUGCAAAAUUGUUGGCGAAAAGAUCAGCAGACGUAAAUGCCCAAUCACAGAAUGGCUUCACGCCACUUUACAUGGCCGCUCAAGAGAAUCACCUGGAUGUUGUGCGAUACCUUCUGGAGAAUGGUGGCAACCAGAGCACGGCCACAGAGGAUGGUUUCACUCCUCUGGCCAUUGCUCUGCAGCAGGGUCAUAAUCAGGUGGUGUCUCUUCUCCUGGAACAUGACACCAAAGGUAAAGUUCGUCUCCCUGCACUUCACAUCGCGGCCCGUAAGGACGACACCAAGUCUGCUGCUUUGCUGCUCCAGAACGACCAUAAUGCUGAUGUCCAGUCCAAGAUGAUGGUCAACAGGACUACAGAGAAUGGAAAGAGUGGAUUCACUCCGCUGCACAUUGCGGCUCACUACGGCAAUGUUAAUGUGGCGACUCUGCUGCUUAACAGAGGGGCUGCUGUCGACUUCACAGCCAGGAAUGGCAUAACCCCUCUUCAUGUGGCCUCCAAACGGGGUAAUAUCAACAUGAUUGCCCUGCUACUGGAUAGGGGAGCGCAGAUUGAUGCCAAAACCAGAGAUGGUCUGACACCUCUGCACUGUGCAGCCAGGAGCGGACAUGACCCAGGUGUUGAGAUACUGCUGGAGAGAGGAGCUCCCAUACUGGCCAGGACCAAAAACGGCUUGUCCCCGCUGCACAUGUCAGCCCAGGGUGAUCACGUCGAGUGUGUUAAGCACCUUCUGCAACACAAAGCACCUGUUGAUGAUGUCACGCUGGAUUACCUGACCGCCCUUCAUGUCGCCGCCCACUGUGGUCACUACAGAGUCACCAAAUUACUGCUGGACAAAAAAACAAACCCCAAUGCCAGAGCCCUGAAUGGCUUCACUCCGCUGCAUAUUGCCUGCAAAAAGAACAGAGUGAAAGUGAUGGAACUGCUGGUUAAAUAUGGAGCAUCAAUCCAAGCCAUCACUGAGUCUGGUCUGACGCCAAUUCAUGUUGGAGCAUUUAUGGGGCAUCUCAACAUUGUCCUCCUGUUGCUACAGAAUGGAGCCUCACCUGAUAUUUGCAAUGUUCGCGGAGAGACGGCGUUGCAUAUGGCUGCGAGGGCAGGACAGACGGAAGUGGUGCGAUGUUUGCUAAGGAACGGCGCUGUAGUGGACGCCAUGGCCAGAGAUGACCAAACCCCCCUACACAUUGCGUCCCGUCUGGGUCAGACGGAAAUCGUCCAGCUGUUACUUCAACACAUGGCUCACCCUGAUGCCUCCACCACAAACGGAUACACGCCUUUGCACAUCUCUGCACGUGAAGGGCAGCUUGACACGGCAGCCGUGCUGCUGGAGGCCGGAGCAUCUCACUCUCUUGCCACCAAGAAAGGUUUCACUCCUCUACAUGUUGCAGCUAAGUAUGGAAGCCUGGACGUGGCAAAACUCCUCUUACAGCGCAGGGCUCUUAUGGAUGAUGCUGGAAAGUAUGGUCUUACACCCCUGCACGUAGCUGCUCACUAUGAUAACCAGCAGGUGGCGAUGCUACUCUUAGACAAAGGGGCUUCAUCCCAGGCUACCGCCAAGAAUGGCUAUACACCACUUCACAUUGCGGCAAAGAAGAACCAAACACAGAUCGCCACUGCCCUGCUGCAGUAUGGAGCGGAGACCAACUCAUUGACCAAGCAGGGUGUGAGUCCUUUACAUCUGGCCUCUCAGGAGGGCCACUCGGAGAUGGCAUCCCUGCUGCUAGAGAGAGGUGCACAUGUCAAUGCCGCCACUAAGAGUGGUCUCACGUCACUUCAUCUAACUGCUCAGGAAGACAGAGUCCAGGCAGCUGAAAUACUGGUCAAGCACAAUGCAAACAUAGACCAACAGACCAAACUGGGCUACACUCCUCUUAUUGUAGCUUGUCACUACGGAAAUGUCAAAGUGGUUAACUUCCUUUUGCAAAACGGUGCUAAUGUCAAUGCGAAAACAAAGAACGGUUACACACCACUUCAUCAGGCUGCUCAACAGGGAAACACGCACAUUAUCAAUGUCCUACUGCAGUAUGGAGCCAAACCUAAUGCUGUAACCAUGAAUGGAAACACUGCACUUUCUAUCGCUAAGCGUCUGGGGUACAUCUCAGUGGUGGACACUCUGAAAGUUGUCACUGAGGAAAUAAUCAAAACCACAACUACGGUGACGGAGAAACACAAACUGAACGUUCCGGAAACGAUGACAGAAGUUCUGGAUGUGUCGGAUGAGGAAGCCAUACAACAGAUGGAGGAAGAAGCUCUAUGUGAAGUCUCUAUGGAGUGUGAAGGUGAGGACACAAUGACAGGUGAUGGAGGAGAAUAUCUCCGAGCAGAAGAUCUGAGAGAACUGGGUGAUGACUCCCUGCCUGGACACUACCUGGAUGGCAUGAGCUACACACACAACCUGGACCGAUCACACGAGACCCCCAGUCAUCUUGGUUAUAGAGGUGAAGGAAUGUUGAUAGAGGACAUGAUCACCAGCCACCAACUAAACAGGGUGUCUGCUUUUCGUGAGCAUGAGAAAGACUCGUAUCGACUGAGCUGGGGUGCUGAACAUCUGGAUAAUGUUGUGCUGACCGGUACUCUACUGCAGUCAGGUCGAUCAACCCCAUGCCUUGACCAUGACAACAGCAGCUUCCUGGUUAGUUUCAUGGUGGAUGCCCGUGGCGGAGCCAUGCGUGGCUGUCGUCACAAUGGACUUCGGAUUAUCGUGCCACCUAGAAAUUGCUCGGCACCUACACGGGUAACAUGUCGUCUGGUAAAGAGGCACAGGUUGGCCUCCAUGCCCCCUAUGGUGGAUGGAGAGGGGCUCGCAGGAAAGAUCAUUGAAGUUGGACCUACAGGAGCCCAGUUCCUUGGUAAGCUCCACCUCCCUACAGCUCCUCCUCCUCUAAAUGAGGGCGAGAGUCUUGUCAGCAGAAUUCUACAGCUGGGUCCACCCGGCACCAAAUUCCUCGGACCUGUAAUAGUGGAGAUCCCCCACUUUGCUGCAUUGCGAGGAACAGAGAGAGAGCUGGUGAUUCUGCGCAGUGAGACGGGAGAGAGCUGGAGGGAACAUCACUGUGAGCACACAGAAGAGGAACUCAACCAGAUCCUCAAUGGAAUGGACGAGGAACUGGACACGCCAGAGGAACUGGAGAAAAAACGUAUCUGCCGCAUCAUCACGCGAGACUUCCCACAAUACUUUGCAGUGGUGUCCCGAAUUAAGCAGGAUAGUCAUCUGAUUGGUCCAGAGGGUGGGGUACUAAGCAGCACGCUUGUACCACAGGUCCAGGCUGUGUUCCCAGAGGGAGCGUUGACUAAACGGAUACGGGUGGGACUACAGUCCCAACCAAUCAGUGAAGAUCUGGUGAGGAAGAUCUUGGGCAACAAGGCCACAUUUAGUCCAAUUGUUACCCUGGAGCCCAGAAGGCGCAAAUUUCACAAGCCUAUCACGAUGACAAUUCCUGUACCCAAAAGUUCCACCAGUGACGGAACCAACAAUACACCCACUCUGCGACUGCUUUGUAGCAUUACUGGUGGGACUACUCCAGCACAAUGGGAAGACAUAACCGGAUCCACACCUCUAACAUUCAUCAACCAGUGUGUUUCAUUCACCACCAAUGUCUCAGCAAGGUUCUGGCUCAUAGACUGCCGUCAGAUCCAGGAGUCCGUCAACUUCUCCAGCCAGUUGUAUCAUGAGAUCAUCUGUGUUCCCUACAUGGCCAAGUUUGUCAUCUUUGCCAAAACAUUGGACCCCAUUGAAGCACGACUUCGCUGCUUCUGUAUGACCGAUGAUAAGAUGGACAAAACUCUGGAACAGCAGGAGAACUUUACUGAGGUGGCACGAAGCCGAGAUGUUGAGGUAUUGGAGGGAAAGCCCAUCUUUGCUGACUGCUUUGGGAAUUUAGUGCCACUUACCAAAAGUGGACAGCACCAUGUCUUCAGUUUCUAUGCCUUUAAAGAAAACCGUCUUUCUCUCUUUAUCAAAAUCCGUGACAGCACUCAAGAACCAUGUGGCAGAUUAUCUUUUACAAAAGAGCCACGGACAUAUCGUACCCUAAACCACAACGCAAUAUGCAAUCUGAACAUCUGCCUACCUGUGUACUCAAAGGAUUCGGAUUCUGACCAAGAUGCAGAUGAAGAGAGUGAGAAGACACAUGAGAAAUACUAUGACGGAUCUGAGUCAACAGAAAUUUCCAUGCUGCACAUCAUCCAUGAUCCUGCAACACUUGCAAGUCCAGAUCUUCUAUCAGAGGUGUCUGAUAUGAAGCAGGACUUGAUUAAAAUGUCAGUCCUUUUAACAUCUGAAAAGUCAGAUCAAUCAUUUUCCAGAGCUGCUGGACAGCGAUCAGAUAAGGCAGGGAAUGAGGAAGUGGAUGAGCCUUUUGUGAUUGUUGAAAAAGUUAAAGAGGACUUGGAGAAGGUUGAAGAGAUCCUGCGUGAAGGAACGAUGGAAGAAACAAAAAAGGGGGGUGCUGCUGGAAAAUCUGCAAUCAUUGAAGAUGAAGAGUGGGUACUUCUCAGCGACACAGAUGUUGAGGAUUACAAAAGCAAAAACAUCAACAAAGUUCAAGAGACACUCUUUCAGGAAGUUCGAAUCAAACAAGACAUUAAACAUGGUUCUCCUCCUAAGAGGGAUAUGUCAGCUAUGGUUUCGCAUCUCAGCAGAGACCUAGAAUAUUACUUCCAGGAAAAAACAGCACCAGUUAGACUACCACAAGAGUUGGAUAUUGUUCAAGAAACUUUUAACGAGGUUAUUUUGACCCAUGGUAGUAAAAAUUAUCCAGCAAAAAUCAGAAAGCCAGCACGAAAAAAGCGCAAAGAUAGAGAGUUUGCAAGUGGCAGUUCAGAAGAUGAUUUGGAAAGGAUGAGCAGGAGUCAGUCUGAGGAAUCUUUAGAUGAAGAUGCAGUUAUUGGUGAAUCUGCACCUGUUUUUGGAAUACUUCCUGUGUCCCCGAAAAUUUUAGAAACCCCAAUUGGAUCUAUUAAAGAAAGGGUUAAGGCACUGCAAAAGAAGGUUGAAGAGGAGGAGGAGGUGGGAAAGUGGAAACCCCAAAAAGUGAAUACUUCUCAAAGCAAGUUAUAUGUUGCAGAAACCGAAAAAUCAAGUAAACCUCCGAAAUCCCCUAAGUCUCCAAAAUCACAGACAGAAAGGCUAGAAGAAACAAUGUCUGUUAAAGAGCUUAUGAAAGCAUUUCAAACUGGGCAGGAUCCAUCAAAAAACAUGUCUGGACUUUUUGAGCAUAAAGCAAUAACAAGUGUAACCACUGAAACUGUAAAUUCAGUUGUAAAUCAGGCAAACAACAAUCAAAUGACAGGAACAACCCAAGAUUCACAAGACAAAUCUGUGGUAGAAAACAAAAUUCGUAAAGAAUCGCAUUGUAUGGACCCAGACACAAUUCAGCAUGAACCAACGAUCAUGAAUCGUUUAACACCACCGAUGACCGUAGAUAGCACUUGGUCCAGCCAAAGUAAAGUAAGUGAUCAAGCUGUAAAUCCAAACAUUAUUUUCAAUUUUGAAGAUGACAGUCCUUCAGAAAACCUAUCUGAGAAGAAAACAAUAGACCAGUGUGAAGAGAGUGAGGAACAACAAAUAACCUCAUACAUACUUGAAGAUGAAGACCCGAGAUUGAUACCUGAGAAAUUACAUUACGAUUAUAGCAUCUGCCAAGACAGGAGAUUGUCUGUUGAACCCCAGAUUAGCCCAGACAGAAAACCAUCAGAGGACUUCAGUGCAGACAUUAAGGCAGAGCUAGAAGACAAUGCAGAAUAUCAGCUCUUCAGGCAAACCACUCGUGAAGCAGAUAACCAUUAUUUGAUAUGCAGUAAUGAUACAUCUUUAGAGGAUGGAGAUCAAAUGCACCAGGCUGCUAUGGAGUCUUAUUCAUAUAAUCUAGAAACAAGCACUGAAUUAUCCACUGCUGUGUUGCAAGGGGAGCCCUUACUUCAAAGUGAAAAAUAUGAUAAUGACAAAUUGGAUGAAAGUCCUGAUAGUGACAAACAUGAGGCUUUGGCAGACUCUCCUGGCAAUGGUGUAGGGAUCAGGACACCACACUCCAGCACAGGGGACAGUGACAAACAUGAGGGACUUGCUGAAACUCCUCAAGUUAGUCCUAAAAUCCAUGUUUUUCAUACAACAACAGUCGCAGACAUAUUUCAAGGGACUGACGAGGCAGAGAGUAUAACUCACCAAAAAAUCUGGGUGACAUCUUAUGAAAAAGCAGAAAGUGACAUGAGUGAACAAAUAUUAACAGUAACUUCGAGGGAAAACAAGUUUGAAUCACCAUCUCUUGAUGACUCCAGGAUUGAUUCACCACGCCCAUACACCAAAACUGACUCGACACCCCUGGAUGAUUCCAAGAUUGAUUCAUUUGUCCCAUCCACCAGAACUGAGUUACCAUCCCCUGGCCCAUUUACCGGAACUUGGAUAUCAUCCCCUGAUGAUUUCAAAAUUGAUUCACUUGUCCCAUCUGCCAGAACUGACUUGCCAUCCUCUGAUGAUUCCAAAAUUGUUUCACUUGUUACAUCCACCAGAACUGUGUUACCAUCCCCUGAUGAUUCCAAGAUUGAUUCACUUCUCACAUCCACCAGAACUAAGUUACCAUCCCCUGAGGAUUCCAAGAUCGAUUCACUUGUCCCAUCCAGCAGAAAUGAGUUACUGUCCCCUGAUAGUUCCAAGAUCGAUUCACUUGGCCCAUCCACCAGAACUGUUCUACAAUGCCAUGAUGAUUCCAAGAUCGAUUCACUUGUCACAUCCACCAGAACUGAGUUACCAUCCCCUGAGUAUUCCAAGAUCAAUUUACUUUUUCCAUCCACCAGAACUGAGUUACCAUCGCCUGAUGAUUCCAAGAUCGAUUCACUUGUCCCAUCCACCAGAUCUGUGUUACCAUCCCCUGAUGAUUCCAAGACCUGUUCACUUGUCCAAUCCACCCGAACUGAGUUACCAUGCCCUCAUGAUUCCAUGAACGAUUCACUUGUCAUAUCCACCCGAACUGAGUUGCCAUCUCUUGAGGAUUUCAAGAUCGAUUCAUUUGUCCCAUCCACCAAAACUGAAUUACCAUCGCCUGAUGAUUCCAAAAUCGAUUCACUUGUCACAUCCACCAAAACUGAAUUGCCAUCCCCUGAUGAUUCCAAGAUCGAUUCACUUGUCCCAUCUACCAGAACUGUGUUACCAUCCCCUGAUGAUUCCAAGACCUGUUCACUUGUAACAUCCACCCGAACUGAGUUACCUUCCCCUGAGGAUUCCAAGAAUGAUUCACAUGUCCCAUCCACCAGAACCGAGUUUCCAUCCCCUGAUGAUUCCAAAAUCGAUUCACUUGUCACAUUCACCCGAACUGUGUUACCAUCCCCUGAUGAUUUCAAGACCUGUUCACUUGUAACAUCCACCCGAACCGAGUUACCUUCCCCUGAGGAUUCCAAGAAUGAUUCACAUGUCCCAUCCACCAGAACCGAGUUUCCAUCCCCUGAUGAUUCCAAAAUCGAUUCACUUGUCACAUCCACCCGAACUGAGUUACCAUCCCCUGAUGAUUCAAAGAUCGAUUCACUUGUAACAUCCACCCGAACUGAGUUACCUUCCCCUGAGGAUUCCAAGAAUGAUUCACUUGUCCCAUCCACCAGAACCGAGUUUCCAUCCCCUGAUGAUUCCAAAAUCGAUUCACUUGUCACAUCCACCAGAACUGAGUUACCAUCCCCUAAUGAUUCCAAGAUUGAUUCACUUGUAACAUCCACCCGAACUGAGUUACCUUCCCCUGAGGAUUCCAAGAAUGAUUCACUUGUCCCAUCCACCAGAACCGAGUUUCCAUCCCCUGAUGAUUCCAAGAUCGAUUCACUCGUAACAUCCACCCGAACUGAGUUACCUUCCCCUGAGGAUUCCAAGAAUGAUUCACUUGUCCCAUCCACCAGAACCGAGUUUCCAUCCCCUGAUGAUUCCAAGAUCGAUUCACUCGUAACAUCCACCCGAACUGAGUUACCUUCCCCUGACGAUUCCAAGAAUGAUUCACUUGUCCCAUCCACCAGAACCGAGUUUCCAUCCCCUGAUGAUUCCAAGAUCGAUUCACUCGUAACAUCCACCCGAACUGAGUUACCUUCCCCUGAGGAUUCCAAGAAUGAUUCACUUGUCCCAUCCACCAGAACCGAGUUUCCAUCCCCUGAUGAUUCCAAAAUCGAUUCACUUGUCACAUCCACCAGAACUGAGUUACCAUCCCCUGAUGAUUCAAAGAUCGAUUCACUUGUAACAUCCACCCAAACUGAGUUACCUUCCCCUGAGGAUUCCAAGAUCGGUUCAAUUGUCCCAUCCACCAGAACCGAGGUACCAUGCCCUGAUGAUUCCAAGAUCGAUUCACUUGUCCCAUUCAUCAGAACCAGGUUACCAUCCCCUGAUGAUUCCAAGAUCGAUUCACUUGUCCCAUCCACACAAACUGAGUUACCAUCUCCAGAGGAUUCCAAGAUCGUUUCACAUGUCCCAUCCACCAGAACUGAGUUACCAUCCCCUGAUGAUUCCAAUAUCGACUCACCUGUCCCAUCCACCAGAACUGAGUUAUCAUCCCCUGAUGAUUCUAAGAUAAUAAUUCAAGAGACAAUUCAAGUUAUGCAAUACAGCCACGUAAAGUCGAAUGAACCAACAACACAUCAUAUGGAAAGUGCUUCAGCCUGUAGGGAAAGUAAGAUUCCUAUAGAUUCUGAUACAAUCACUAAGAAGUAUGAGGAGGUACUUCAGUAUUGUCUUCACAGUGAAGAUGCGCCAAUCAGACCUUUUAAUUUGGAUUCACUACAGCCUAAAACCACAAAUGACUCUACAACUCUCUGUCAGACAGACUCACUUGAAACUAGUCCCGUCCAAGAAGAUGAGUCAUCUCAUAAAAGCCCAGACUCUAUUGAGCCAAGCCCAACCAAUGAAUCUCCAUGUCCAGAUUCUUUAGAAGGAAGUCCCACGGGGAAAGGGUAUAUUGAAAGGGUCUUCUCAACAUGUCCAACAUCCAUUUCUGAUUCCCAAGUAAAUGCAGAAAAGGAAGUAAUUUUUAAAGAAAGUGAAUCAUUUCAAAUAUUAGAAAGCCCCGAUGUGAAGUGCCUUUCCAUGUAUCCAAAAGAAAUAAGAGACCAUGAGGAUCUUGAUGACACUAUUGCUUUACAAAGACAAUUCACUCCAGAAGAAGAGAUGUUUAAGAUGGCUGCAAAGAUCAAAACAUUUGAUGAAAUGGAAAAAGAUGCAAAAAAGAAAAAAGUAAAAUUUGAUUUUGAUUGUACUUUUAUACAACCAGAAGAGCUGUCACCGCACAAAAGUCCACUGGACUUUAACACAGUUUCAACAAACGAAUCACAAGAGCAGCGGCUAAAGAGCCUGACUGAUUCUGACUCACAUGGCGCAGUAUUACCCUCAUUUUCUUCAUUAUCAGAUGAUGAUAAUGAAAGCUCAAAUUUAGCUGAGUCUCCAGACAAGGUCUCUGUAGAAACAGAUCUGGUUUUAGAGACAACGGACAAAGGUGUUCAGGAUCAUAGCCAAUUGGAGAUUGUCGAUUUACAGCCAUGCAAAGAUAUACCAUUUGUACAAGCAGACAUAGAGGAUGAGGAGGAAGACUAUGAACAGGUCCAUUCAGUGUACCAUAGCAUAGUAGUAAGUGAGACCUACACUGCAGAUAGAACAGAGCAGGAUGUAGUUACAUCACAACUACAGAGAAAAGUGGACAUUGAGAUAAGUGAUGUUGAUACAGAGUCUCCGAGUGAGAGCAAAACAUCUGAAAUAAUUGUUCAACCAGUUUCCCCAACCGAUACUGUGUGUACCAGUGCUGCAAUAAAAGUGCAAAAUGAAACUCAGCCAGAUGCAUGUCGUUACGAAGAGGACCAGAAAGAAAUACCAGAAGAAAUACCAGAAUCUGUUCUAAGAGACUUGGUACCCUGGAGUGCCCAAUUGGAUGAUGAUGAGGCGUUUGAUGCAAAAAUUGAAGCUGAGGAGAAGAAAAUACUUGCUCUUAUUUCAGACAGACGAUCCACGUCUGACACAACUCCAGGACGUACUCCAACUGAGGAAGGGACACCAAAUCCAUUCCUUUAUCAAGAAGGAAAAUUGUUUGAAAUGACUAGAGGUGGAGCCAUUGACAUGACCAAAAGGACCAUGGAGGACGAAGCUGUUUUUUUCCCAAUAAAUGUAGAUCUGACUGAAGAUGGAUUUGAGCAAGUCACAUUCAACACCAGUGAAUUUGAUUCAGUAGCUUCUUUUGAGGGACCUGUAGAUGGUUUAUUGCACCAGGAUAGCAUUGCUGAUGAUUCUGAAGCCUUUGAGUCUGAAACAAGAACUGAGGAUAUUCAGGUCUGUUUAGUGCAGUCAGAAUUCCAAAGUGAACCAGAAAGCCCCACAGAGAAUAAUUUAUACGAGGGCACGCUAAUACCAAACAUUAAUACUGCCACUUCAACAGUAACACGCACCGUGCAUUCUGAGCAAGACCCAGAAUCCUCUGACUCUUCAGUGGAAGAUGAACAGCAUUCUGUUGUUGAAAUGCCCAUAUCCACACAAGAAUAUGUUGUUUGUGUCUCAGAGACAUUUUCUGGUACAUCCAAAGAAAUUGUCACUGAAAUAGUGGAGGCAAGACCAAAACCAAAAUUAGAAGUAAAAGCAGCCAGCUUUGACCACAUUUUAGGGAAAGGGGACUCCACUGAGCAGAACCAAAGGCCUAAAUCUGAGGCUGAUAUUGACAAUGCAGAAUGGUCCAUGUAUGUAGCAGAAGGUCAGAGUAAUAUAGACAAACUUAAACCAAAGAUUUUUUCAUCCCAGCCGCCUUAUUCACAGGAAGAUGAUGAUGAUUUACACCAACUCUCCGAACAACCUGAAUCCCCUUCUAAAUGCCCUCAGGAAGUGGAACAUUUGACAGAACUUGAGAAAGGAGCACAAGCUUCUAUUGACUUAGAAAGUAGUUUGAAAACAGUUCGACCCCCAUCUAUAGGUGAGGAUGUCUUUGAGACAAGACCCAACUGGGAAGAUAGUGUGGAGACACAGAUGCAGAGAAUCUCAGACAGCUCUUCCCCAGACCAAUGUAAAGCGGACUGGCAUGAUGAUAUCGAUAGGAAAGAAGAGACUUUGGCCAUCAUUGCUGACCUUCUAGGUUUUAGCUGGACAGAGCUGGCCAAAGAGUUGGAGUUUAUUGAGGAUGAAAUUCAGCAAGUGCGCACUGAAAACCCAAACUCGCUACAAGAGCAGAGUCAUGCCCUGUUACAGCGUUGGGUAGACAGAGAAGGAAAGCACGCAACCGAAGACACUUUGAUUAAAAGACUGACUAAAAUCAACCGCAUGGACAUUGUCCAUCUUAUUGAGAUUCAAAUGCACAAGUCAGUUCAGGAGCAAACUUCAAGAACAUAUGCAGAGAUCGAGAGAACCCUGGACCACAGUGAAGCUCUCUCCUCAGUUCAAGAGGAUGCUGAAAGUUUGCGGGUGGUCCGUAGAGUGGAGACCUCACAAAGGCAUCCUCCAGCUGUUUCAGAAGAAGACUUAUCUGUGGCUUCUCUCCUUGACAUUCCAUCAUGGGCCGAAGCAAUGGGAAAUGCCCAUUCGGAGAGUAUUCAUGGGGAUCUAAUGGAGGAAUUGGAGAUCAGCCAGGAUAGCUUCAUCAAUCAAUGGCCAUCCCAAGAGCUCAAGAAGGAAUCAACGAAUGAGGCUGCAGAAGGUGAUGAUGUUCCAGAUAUUCCUCCACAAUCUGUAACAGAAGAGCAAUAUACAGAUGCACAGGGAAACCUGGUAGUGAAGAAGGUGACCAGGAAGGUGAUUCGCCGUUGUUUCUCAUCUGACGGGGUUGAGAAGGAGCAGGUGAGGGUGGAUGGAUCUGAACAACAGCCUGUCAUUGUGGAACAUGGGGACGGGUACUCCAGAGUGAUGAAGAGGACAGUACUUAAGAGUGAAGGGCAUCAGACAGAGGUGACCUUCCACGAGAGGGCUGGCAUGUCGUCUUUAAAGGAGGAAUCGGCUGGAGGUCAGGAGGUCACACAGGUGGUCCAGACGACAGUUGUACACGGAGAACGUCUGGAGAAGCACGAGGGUGAUUCCGUUUUCGCCGCAGACCUACCCUCUGCUCGGGAAGACUUCACCCAGGACGAGGAUGAAGAAGUCUAGGACCAGGAGGAGGUCAACAGUAAGAGAUGCUGGGGGACAGAAGCGAGUGUGCGCGGAGCAGAUAGGCGAUCGUUCCAAGCACCAUGACAACCUACAGCAUCGCCUCCAUCAGUUCAUUCACCACUAUUGUGCCCAAAACGACAGAGAGGAAGAAUGGGAGGACGCAGAAGAGAUGACGUGAUAGAUUCCUCCCCUCCAUUUUCCUCUUUCAAUAGUCUAUCCAUCUAACCUCUCCUAUGCACCAUGCUCAUGCAAUCCUAGAAUGCACUUCGCUCCUGCCACUUACAGUCUUCCUGUCCGGUCCAACCGGACGUUCGCCCUAUUUCAGUAAAUGGACAGUAUUCUCUUUUUAAUUUCCAACAAUUCCCUGCCUUGUACUCUGUGACCAAAGGGUGUUCUUUCCUUUCGUAGUGGUUUUGAAAUCCCUCAUUUCUCUUGAAAAAUAAGUAGCUAUAGUGAAUGCAAAAAUCAAAAAACAAAAAAACAAUCACAAAAGGUUUUAAUCCAACAGUUCUCUCAUAAAUCUUGGUUGUUCAUACUCAAAACAUUUAAGCUUGAAAAAAAACUACUGCACUGCCUACCACAGAUCUUGAACUUCAAUAUCAUAGCAUUAUAUCGCAACAUCAAAACUUACUCUGUUGAUCUCAAUGGUUGAGGUCUUUGCCUUCUUUAUCAGCUUUUGGGAUAUCAUGCGUCUGUGUAAUCUGUCCAUUGAGAGUAUAUAUAAUAUGCAUUUUUAAAAUGACAUUAGAGUAAAUUAGCCACCAGUAAAGAUCUUAGCAGGCAUGCUUAACUUGCAGCAUUCACUUACUAAUGUCUUUCUAUUUUGAGACAACUGUCGGUUUUCUCUCUUUAUCUUUUCUCUCAUUUCACUGCGUCUGUGAUCUGUAGCAACCCUCACCAUUAUCAUCAUCACUGGAGACAUUUCAACAGCUUUUGUGUUAUAAUACAAUAGGUCACAUGGGCAGAUGCUAAUGGUUUUAAUUCAGGCAAUGUGUCAGUUUUAAAAGGGAUUUAGGACGUUGGUUUGGAAUGGUUUUAUAGUUUACAGAAAUUAUGAUUUUAUUUGUUCUUUAUGUGCUUGUGUGUGAAUGUGAAAAGGUUAAAUUUGAGAUAUUUGUUUUGAAAUUUAUAUUAGUUUCACUGUUGUGUAUAUAUUGCUCAACGUCAGUUAUAAGAAAACUUGCUCUUAGGUAUUUGUGAUGGCGAAUGUUUUCAUAUUGGGUUGAUUUUGGAAGUGAGUUUUUAAAUAGACUGGUACAGUUAUGCAAAAUGUGUGAAACGGAAUGAAAAAAUGAAAGAUUGAAUCUGUGCAUUACCAUUUACAUGCCCUUUACUGAAUCACGAGUUGGCUUCAUUUAAAACUGCAAAAAUGGAGUUUGUGAUAUCGUUUUAGUUUUUCUGAAUGCAGCUGGGUUAGAAGAGGUUGUCAUUUGAUGCUGAUCUCAGGCCAGCUCACAUGCAUGUCCAUGCAUUUUCCCUUAUCAUAGUUAAUAGAAUUCGGGUUUGGGAAACUGGCCCUGGAAAAGCAUUGAAAGUCAUCCUCCAACCAGGUUGAACACUGCUACUUCUUUCACUGUGACUGGCCCACGUUUGAUUUACUUCUAAUUCUGUGUCUGUGGAGAUAAGAAUAUGCAUAUAGAACACAUAUAUAUCUAUCUAUCUAUCUAUCCAUAAAGGCAUGUAUUAGUUUAAUAUAUAACUUAAAAAAAGACAUUUAAACACUAUACAAUGGCUGCAGUGUGUGUGUAUAUGGCUGAACGAGAAUAAAAGUGUAUAAGUGUCAUAACCUUUA